AUGGAGAGUUGCAUACAUAUGCUGAACAACUCAACGCUUGAUUGGACAAUCAGAGUUCGUGUUGCAAGGGUUUGGCCAAGAAUUUCAUCAUUUACAGAUGCUGUCCGAGGAUACAAUCUUAUUCUCCUUGAUCGCCACAAUCAUCGUAUUCAUGCAUGGGUUCACAAUGAAGUCUGGCAAUCUCUUGAUGGUUUGAUAGUGGAAGGAGGCCUCUACGAAAUAACAACUUUUGCCCUUUCGAACUGUUCUGCGUUUUUACGCCCCCUCUCUUCUACAAGAUUAAUUCGUUUCUUGAAUGUCACCACUGUUCAGCCAUACCUGGAUACCAGCCUUAGCUUUCCACAACAUGAUUUUGAAUUUGUUUCAGUUGAUGAAGUACAGCGUCUUGCAGAAACAGACAAUGAUGAUCAAUCAGCAGUCCAUACCAUAGAUGUGAUUGGUGUUGUCGAGAAUCCUGGCCAGGUGUCAACGAUUCGCACUAGGCAUGGUGAUCGUCGUGUUCAUAAGUUUCAAGUAACUGAUGGACAUAUAUUUGUUCGAGUGACCCUGUUGGGAAGCAUACUGGACAGCAGCAACACGCUGUUUACUGCCAAUCUUCAGGCUCCGAUUGUUGUCGUGUUGGCUGGUGUCAGAGUUCGGAAGAUCCCAGGUGAUAGAAGUCUGGAUAACUACCAUUUGACAGCAUCCCCCUGGAGUCAAAUUUUUAUAAACAUGGAAAGUGAUGCUGCUCGUGACAUGAGAGACGUGUUAGUUGCCAGCACUCAUUAA